GUUUGCGGCUGACGGCACAGACUGCGCCGAACGCUGUUUCGCACAUUCGGCCUCGUCCAGAGCGUCGCACUCUUCUUCAGCGCACUCUUCUUCAGUGCACUCUUCUUCAGUCCAGCCCGCUGUGGCGCGGUUAUCACCCGCGGCCACGAUCCCGCCUCGUGCUUUGAAACCCCUCCACAUAGUCUCGCAACUGUCUUGCGCCCUCGUCUGCACCUUCCCGCGCGACAACCUAAGCUUGCUGCCUACCCCGCUGCGACCCAAAUCAACGUCCUCAACUCUUUGCGCUUGCUCUCCUGAAUGGAAGUCCAGCAUCUUCAGCAAACAUCAUGAACGGCAUGCAACGGUUUCUCAGCCGUCGCGAGAAGCACCAAGCUGAGAAGCGCAAGUCCAAGGAAGCUGCCCGCAACAAAUCAAAGCCCGGCCAGCCAGUGUCCUCCAACCUAUACAAGAUAUUCACCAACGAAGAAUCGAAGACGAUCGCCGACAAAGAUGGCUCUAAGAACGUCACAAUGCUGCUUUCACGACUGCAGAGUGCAGGCAUAACAAGACUGGGAAAGGAGCAGGCCGAGCAUGCACUGGAAUGGUACCCUGACGAUAUCGACAAAGCCUACGACAUCUUGGUGCUUGUAAACGAAUCGAUCGAGGGCGAGCUGAAGGACUACGACCCCAAUGUCAAGAUGGUGGGUGCGAUCAACAGGAAUAUGGUCACAUGUUACUUGGACGCUCUGCUCUUCGCCAUGUUUGCAAGACUGGACGCUUUCGAAGCAAUGUUGUUCGACAGCUUUGACGAUGAGCCAAGGAAGAAGCUUGCAGCUAUAUUGCGACUAUGGGUAAAUCUACUCAGGACUGGACGCCUCAUCAAAGUUGAGCUCACAAAGCACCUCCAGGGUGCGUUGGCAGAGUGUGGGUGGGAAGAUGCUGCCAACGUCUGUCAACAAGAUGCUUCCGAAGCCUUCACCUUCAUCACCGGUGCUCUUGAAUUACCGCUGCUCACCUUGAAGAUGGACAUCUAUCACACCGGCCGAGAAGACAAGGAAGACGACCACAAGUUCGUCAACGAGCGAUUGCUGGAAGUAGCUAUUCCGGAGCAGGAAGGCGAAGGCACCAUCACAUUGGAAGAUUGUCUGGAGACGUACUUCAACAAUCGAAUCGAAGUGAAGCGAUUCCUGCAACGACAAAACACAAUAGGAUCAGUGAGGUCCACAGAUUGUGAGACAGUGGACGGGAACCCAGAGAAGAACGAGACUAUCCACGUAGAAAGCGUCGAGCUAUUGGGUCCGGAGUCACCGAUAGUGUCCACCCCGAUAUCGAUGGCACCAUCCUCUCCCUUAAAGCCUGUUCGACCAGCUCUUGACGAGCGCCGGCGCGCGGACAGUAUCUUUAGCCAGAGAUUCAAGGAUUCAGAGGAUAAGAAGUUUGACGAGAAGAAGCACCUGGAUGAUAUGUGGAACAACAGCUCCAGCGGGAGACCGCGGUCAGCGUCACUCCUUAGAAAGGAGGUUCUGAUGCCGGCGUGGCAGUUCUUCAGUCUCAUUCCCUGGUAUACAGACAACGUUCCUAGCACAGACGCUCAGGUUGCGGCGCACUUCUCGGCUCGACGCCCGGUUCUCGGAAUCUGUCUGAAGCGUUACUCUAUGACUCUACAUGGCACACCAAAACGUCUCAACACAUACAUCGACAUCCCGCUCGAGAUUGCCCUACCACAUUUCGUCUCCGAUGACAAGAUGACGGAAGAAGGUCCACUCUUUGGCAAUUUCAAGCUGGUAUUGCAAUCGGUCGUGUGUCAUCGUGGCGUCUCCGUCGACUCCGGACAUUACAUUUCGCUCGUCCGUGCGAAUUCUCACGAACGACCAGGCACCUCGCAAUCCGAGGAAGACGAUACUACAGGAGCUUGGCUAAGAUUUGACGAUUUAUCAAAUCCGCGUGUCACUGAUAUCGACAUCAAGCGAGCGUUGCGGGAAGAGUCGCCGUACCUCUUGUUCUACCAAGUCCAGCCGAUAGAUGACGAGCUAGCAUCGAGAGGCGAUCCUCCUACCUACGCUGAAGCGCAGUCCCGGGUCAUCUCAUCUGUUCAAUCCAGAGAGACACUGAUCUCAUCGCCAGAAGCCGGCGUUACGGAUGCGGAAAGCGGCGGAGAGUGGGACAGAAUAAAGCCAACGGACGUGCAUCCUGAAUCGGUCAUCUCAGACGAACCGAUCGGUCGCGCCAGCAUGUCCAGCAACCGACGCAGCAGUGUGGCAUUCGACGACCUUGAGAGCGUGUCGCGCGGUCGAACUGCGCCUCACACUCCCGCAGACGAGUCGAAAACUGGUUUCUUGUCAGCUUCACGUCGUGGGUCGCGGACAUGGCUGGGCGGCACAAAGAGUCGACCGACCAGUCAGAGUGGCGAAGGACGGCUGUCUCUGACUCUGUCGAGACUGACGGGUCGCGGCAGCAAGGACAAGCUCACUAUUGCUGAAGCUGGCUCUGCCGAAGACCCAGUCAUUGUCAUCAACUCGGUCGAAAGUCAGGACCAUACACCUCCGGAGGAUAACAGCCCAGCCAAAGAGCAGAAAGAGUCGGCUCUCUCGCGCAAGAAGAGUAAGAAGGGGAAGAAAGACCAUCACAGGAGCAAGAGCAGGGACCCUCUGGGCGAGCAUUCAGAGAAGAGCAAACAUAAAGACAAGAGUCGCCCUGACAGGGAGUGCUCUGUCAUGUGAGAAGCUGGGAGGAUUCUAUACUAUACUGGGUAGAGUCGGUUGUUGCAUUUGUCUCUUGCAUAGCAUUUGCAUUACUUCAUUCUUCGACUGCCUCAGCACGGGCAUCUCGGAGACGGUUGACUGAGUUAGCGAGGCGUUUCUUGGGCAUACACAUGGGUAUCUGGGACUUUCUCUGUAC